AUGUCGUUUAGUACAGAACAGGAGAUGGCUCAGGAAGAAGAAGAGCAACUUCCUGAUGCUACGAUAGCUGACAUCACUAGCCAACAUUCAGAAAUCGUCAGACAAGUUGAAAGGAUUGUAGACAAGAGGAAGAAUAAGAAAGGAAAAUGGGAGUAUCUUAUCCGGUGGAAAGGCUAUGGGAGCACAGAGGACACGUGGGAGCCAGAACACCACCUCUUGCACUGUGAGGAGUUUAUCGACGAGUUCAAUGGGCUGCACGUGUCCAAGGACAAGAGGAUCAGGCCAGGGAAACAGUCUAACACCUCCAAGCUCCUACGUGACAGCCGGAGCCCAGCGAGUGAAAAACUAGCCCAUAGACCUUCAGAACCUGGGAAGAGCAAAGGGACUUCCCAUAAACGGAAGCGCAUCAACCCUCCCCUAUCUAAGCCGAAGAAGGGGUACUCAGGCAAGCCCCCUACAGGGGGCGAUCGAGCUGCCAAGACGGUGUCUUACAGGACUACCCCCAGCGGUUUGCAAAUAAUGCCCCUGAAAAAGGCUCAGAAUGGGAUGGAAAAUGGGGACGCCGGCUCUGAGAAGGACGAGAGGCACUUUGGAAACGGGUCUCAUCAGCCUGGCUUGGAUUUGAACGAUCAUGUUGGAGAGCAGGAUGUGGGUGAUUGUGAAGUGAACCAUGCAGCACUGGCAGAGAACGGGCUCGGCUCUGCUCUGACUAAUGGGGGAUUGAACCUGCACAGCCCUGUGAAGAGAAAGCUGGAAACAGAGAAGGACUAUGUCUUUGACACGAGGCUCAGGUACAGCGUCCGCCAGAAUGAAAGCAACUGUCGGUUUCGAGAUAUUGUCGUGCGGAAAGAAGAAGGGUUCACACACAUCUUGCUGUCCAGCCAGACCUCGGAUAACAACGCACUGACACCUGAGAUCAUGAAGGAAGUCCGGCGAGCGCUCUGCAACGCAGCCACAGAUGACAGCAAACUGCUGCUCCUCAGCGCAGUGGGGAGUGUGUUCUGCAGCGGCCUAGAUUACUCCUACCUAAUUGGCCGGUUGUCCAGCGACCGAAGAAAGGAGAGCACUCGGAUUGCUGAAGCCAUCAGGGACUUUGUGAAGGCCUUUAUCCAGUUUAAGAAACCCAUUGUGGUGGCCAUCAAUGGGCCGGCUCUGGGCCUGGGUGCCUCCAUCCUACCCCUCUGUGACAUCGUGUGGGCCAGCGAGAAGGCCUGGUUUCAGACGCCCUACGCCACCAUCCGCCUCACACCUGCUGGCUGCUCAUCCUACACCUUCCCCCAGAUCCUGGGUGUGGCUCUGGCCAAUGAGAUGCUGUUCUGCGGACGGAAGCUCACUGCCCAGGAAGCAUGCAGCCGAGGGCUGGUGUCCCAGGUCUUCUGGCCCACCACAUUCAGCCAGGAGGUCAUGCUGCGGGUCAAGGAGAUGGCGUCCUGCAGUGCCGUGGUGUUGGAGGAGUCCAAAUGCCUUGUUCGGAGCUUCCUGAAAUCAGUGCUGGAAGAUGUCAACGAGAAAGAAUGCCUCAUGCUCAAGCAACUCUGGAGUUCCUCCAAGGGCCUGGAUUCCCUGUUCAGCUACCUGCAGGACAAAAUUUACGAAGUCUGAAGAGCCCUUACUCACUUGGCCCAGUGCUCAAGGGCACCUGACUUUCAUCUCUGCCUUCUGUUUUGAAAAACGGAGCCCAGUGUCUGCCCCGGCCAAGGAGUUUGUCAAGGUGUUUCUUUAUACCUAGGGUUGUGUCCAUUUCUUCGUAUCCUUUGGUUGCUCCUCAUUGGUUUGAUUUUGUGUAACAGUUGGGAAACACAGCAGACCUGGCCUCUCCCACAAACCCACCCUAGCUGGCCAGAAAGCUCUCGAGGGCUCUCUCUUCCCAGAGCUCUGCCAGGUACCACUUCCUCUCCCCACUUGCUGAAAUGCACCAUCGUGGUCCAGGAAGGGGAAGACUGCUUUCCCCCAAUCCUUCUGACUCAGGCUGUGUCUACACAGUGCCUCUGAUUUGGAGACUUGGCCGUCAUGGGUCUCUCUGGUUAAGUGUCCAUUGGGUGCCAGGGGAUGUUCAAUCUUAGGGAAUUUCUAGACUGAUGAGCAAAAUGAUUGUGUAGACCUGGCUUCAGUCUCCUCUCUGAUGCAGAUCUGUGUGACUAUUAGGGCUUGGUCUUAAAACCCAAUUGAGUGAUUUACAAACCCAGAUAUUGUACAUUUAGAAAUGUUUUGUUAAAUAUAUAUUUUUAAAACAAUGUAAGUGGAAAUUCUGAUAAUUUAUGUGUAUUAUAUGUAAAGCUAGUUUUGCAAAAACAUGAACUACUAGGAAAAUGUUUUUUCUUUAAUCGGACUUAUUUUAUUUAUUUAUUUUUGUUUAUAUAUAUUCUGAUGUCUGUUGUUCACACAGAUACUAUUUUCAUACUGCCCUGGACCAAAUCCCAUACAGGGUACCUAUUGUUGGGUGCAUUCUAGCAAUGAACCACAUAGAAAUACAAUUCAGAGAGAUGAAUAGGAAGGAUAUCUGUGGCUAAAAGAAACAGCUCUGCACCAGACUCUCUGUAUAAAAUGAUUCUCAGUUGUAAUAAUACAAUAUUAGAUCUUUAGGUUUGUCCUUGGGAUAAAUCACUGGAGAGUUUUCUUUUCACUCUGUGAUCUUAGAGGAGGCUAUCUCAGCCUGAAUACCCCUAAAACCGAUCCAGUCCCUAGUUGUGUGGUAUCAGGAAUUGGUGGGGCAGAGUCCCUCCUUGGGGGUUGUGUGUUGUUUAGAGUGAGACUUUUUUCCUUUGGGCAAAUGACUGAACUUGAUUUCAGAGACCAUUUCUUCCACAUGGGCAGUGGUGUCUGGUCUGGUCCUUCCAGGAAGGGGAGGCAGAGUGCCCACUCAACUGAGCCAUCUGUACAAAGUUUGAAUCUUUUUGUCCCAGAAUCUUGGACUUUCUAGUUGUUUGUCCACAUGAGGGAGGGAUAACCAGGCAUGAGGUUCUCCUUGCCCCAUGCCCCUGGGCAGCAGCUGUAUUCAACCGUCAGACUAAAGUCCCUGGAUCAACAGCUGAGAGGGAGGGGCAUGGGGUUUGGUUUUGACAUCACGGUUAGAGCAGAGAAAUGGAAGGAAUAUAUUUUGCAUGAGGCAUAAAUCUGUUGUUGGUUAAGCACCCAGAGAAAGUUAGAUUUUUCAGGGUCACGAGAUUUUUAACAUUUCCAGCACAACCUCUGAGUACUCCUGGCAGCCCUUUGCAUGUCCCUUCUCUUUUCAUGUCAGUUGCCAUUCCCUCUUGAGGGUUUCUUGGAGAGAGUAGAAUAAGGUGGUGAAGUUGGGCACAGCUGGCAGAGGUGUGGUGGACUGAUAAGAGCAGAGCCUGGAUAUGGUUCUCUCUCUCUCUCUCUCAUACUCGUCCUUCAUCUUUUCCUACAGGUGAUGAGAUUCCAUGGAAAGAACAGGUGGAGGGAUUUAUGGCCCUGCUCUUUCAUUUCAUAGAGCAGAUUGAAUGUCUACACUAGAACUAGAGACAUGAUCCUUUAAAUAGUGAACCUUGAGUUUAUUUGGACUCUUGGCUCUUAGAGUGGCCUUGGUUCCCUCUAUAGAAAGCUUCUCUCCUUGAGAGUUUAUGAGGGUCAGGGAGGACAGGAAACUUUACUUCCCCUCCAGCCUGUGCCAUCGUGGCCAUGUGGAUACAGAAGGGGGCAGCCAUCUUGGCUGGAGCCAGCUAGAGAAGAUAUAAUUGAAGUUCUGUGUACCCUUUCCUUCGUCUACACACUAGGACUGACUAUCUCUCUCUAACCCAAUUCCUGAUGAUGGUUAGCUUCCAGUGUCUUGUAUUGGAUCCAUUGGAGUUAAUAGUCCUGUUCUAGGAGGGCUUUUGCAGAACCUUUAAGGUAUUCAGACCUUAGAAACUACAGCCUGUAGUUGACAUACUUCCCAGCUUAGAAAUAAUGUCUGUGGGUAAAAUAAUGUCUGUGAGUUUGAUGGGUAAAAAACCAUCAAACUUAAUUGCUAAGAAUGAAAUUGGAUAACUAUGAGAAGGUAGUAGAGAAUUAAUUUAAAAUAUUACUCUCUUUUGGUAUAGAUUAACCUAGGGAAUGUUCUCUCUGAAGCAUGAAAAUCUGUUUUUCCCAUAUGAAGUUUAGUAUGAAGAUGGAAAAUAAUAAUCACAAUAGACUUUGAACAAUGCAACUCUAUCUCAGAAUAUCCACAUUUUAAAAUAGCCUUGACUGAAUGUUGAAUUGCAUUUCCCAUUAUUAAUUGUUGGUUUUAAAAAUUUUUGUAAACUUUUUUUAAUUUGGAGUUUAGUCAUGCAGUUUUCCAAUCUAGUUUCUGUGGAAAAUUUUUUAACAAAGAGAAACAAAUAGGAACAACUUCAAAUCUUCCUAAGUGAAUAUUUAAAAUACAGAAUUGCUUCUCUUCUUUGUUUCUGUAUUCAGAUACUUAGAUCUGUUGUAUAUAUUAGUCUAGACACUCGCUAAUAUACACAGUAUUUAAGACUCUAAAUGAGAUUUCUUAAGUAUUUUAUUUUAUUCUCUGUAAAUGGUUUUGUAUAAUCUUUAAAAAUCUACACUUUGCCUUUGUAGAUAUUUAAGGGAAACCAUUUGGGGGUUGUCUUGCAUGUAUAUUUUUGUUGUAGAUAAGUGUUACUUAGUUAUUUCUGCAAAUUUUGGUUGAAAUGCUUACAGACUUUAAUAUAGUAUAUAUUUUCAGAAUAUAAACUUUUAUAUUUCUGUGGUAAGUUAGGAUAUGCGUUUUAGGCAAUCUUUUCCAUUAAUAUCACCUGUUCUUUCAAAAAAAAAAAAAAACAGCAUACUGGUUUGGUGCCAAUUUAUUUUUGUUUUUUGAUUUUUUCCCCCAUUGGGAUCUAAUGCUCUUAUAUAUAGAGAAGAGGUUAAUUUUCUUUUUCUCAAAGUAAUUGAGUUUGAAGUAUAAUUUGAAAAUGUAUUGAUUUUGUGAAUAAGCCUUACCAUUAGGAUCAGUAAAUUUUCCAACAUUUGCAACUACACAUGUAGUUUAAGAUCUCCCCAUAAAUUCUCACUGUGUGGCACUUGAUGGAGUUUGUGAACAGAGCCUUAAGCUUGUUGCAAAAAUAAAAAUAAAAGGGUAAUACGGGUUGUUUCCUGCAUGCAAUGUAAGCCAUGUUGAUGGACUUGAUACAGUUUAUAAUUCAUGGCUAAACUGAAGAGUUUGGUUGAGUUGAUGGCGGCAGGGACCAGAUAGACACCUUGGUGAUUGUCUUUGGCCAUAAGGAUGGACCAAGGACAGAUUUUUCAGAGCCACCUUCGUACCAUUUACAUGGUUUAGACACGGUCAUAGGGAGGGCUGCUGGUCUAUCAUUUGUUUUGAACAAAUGACAUUUCCUGCCUCUGACCCUAGUGGUUGAUGCCAGGUCUCUUGUUGAUGACUUGGAAAUGUCUAGUCUGGCUGAGGUCAGCACUUCUUGAGAGAUGUUAACAAAGUUUACAUAUGAGUCUUACUGUGUAGACAAUCUGAAGUCGAUUUCAGUUACAUAAUCAGCAUUCCCAUAUGUCCUCAGUGUCUUAUCAAUGAAUUGUGUGUGUCAAGCCAUACUAACCUAGAGUUUAGCAGGGCAAAUGCAAACUAGAUGUAAAGCAUACACAUCAGCUAAAGCCAAGUCUAUCCAGGGCUGUUUUAAUGGAGUGUAAUUCAUGAGCUCAUUGGCAUUAGAUCCAUGGUGUCUGGGUUCUAAUAAAACCAACUACAGUUUGGACUCAAGUUUUUUUGAUUAUGGUUCCUUUUGGUCAGCCACAUUUCAGUAGUCCAGGGCUAUAAAAUGGCUAAGCCAGGUUAUUUGGUUCAUCUCUAAUAAGUGCUCAUAAAGUCAACUUACUCCAUUGGAAUGGAGAUUUGCUUCAUAGGUUUGCAGUGUGUGUGUGGCAGUUGGAAAAACUGAUAUAUGAUUUUAAGCCUCAGCUCUGGUGUCUCUAUGGGUUGACCUUACCUCAUUGGCCCAACAUCUGGCCUGAUGCUGGAGCUCAUUAAGUUGACUCUUGGAAGUUUGAAGGGUGUAGAGUUUUCCAUCUAGUAUUUAAUUUGUCCCUGUGCCAUUAGUCUCAGCUUGAAGUCAUUUGCCAAUGUCUGUGUUGACAGGAUUGUGAAAAUAUUGCCUUUCAUUAAAGCCAAGGACCAAAGAAUUCCAUUAUUCCAACAGAGCAUGAGUUUCUUAGGUUGAGGGCACAUCUAGGCAGAGAAGCACGUGCUUUAUGGCAUAGAGAAACUGCUCCCUUCCACUGACCUCAGACCCCACCAGCUGACCACCUAGAAGAAUUUGUUAUCACCUUGAGAAGGCUCUGAAAGGUGUUUCUAAGGUUGAAACUCAGUAUCUCAGGUGGGUGUUUCAGCUGUGUAUUCCUAACCCUUUAUCCAUAUCAUAAGAAGUGGAGGUCUAGCAUUUCUACAGGUUGUCUGACCAGUGUAGAUGAAUCCUCCAUCUGAAUAUGCACCUCUAGUGUGAGUUUUGCAGAUGUGUCUACACUGAGCAGUGGGAUCCUGCAAUUGCCAAAUUUCCACCUCCUUUUGUUAUGCAUCGACUCAUUCCAAAUCCUGUUUGGCAUGAGAAGAUUUUCAAUUCUCACACCUGGUGAUGCUCAAUUCUCAUUCAUGCUGAAGUCAUUGAUCCAUUAGCCAGUUGAGAAGUGAUUGAUGCUGAAGAAGUGAUCUUCUAUUGGUAAGGCUUAUUACCAAACUUCUGAUGAUGAAGCAGGCUACCAAAAACUUAUCCAGACCACCCUCAGAGUGUUGGGAUUUGAUCAUGGAUGUAGCACACACACCAAAAUUCACGGAGACCUUUGCAAAAUUAGGCUACUCAUUUUAUUUUGCCAGAUUAUCAUGGAGAGUCUUUAACUAGUUCUGAAUAUUUGUAAGUAUGAGUACUUCAUAGAAUUAUAAAGCAGGUACAGCUGACCCUUUCUCACCACAUUGUAAAUAUUUCCUGAGACUGGGUGCAGACUGAGGGGUAAUAAUCUUCUGAUUUAUCAAAAGCUGACUGUCUAGGCAAAUUGUACACUCUCUUUGUGAAUGGUCCUGUAACGUGUAUGAACACAUUUCUGGGUGCCUUAGAAGUUGUAUUUUUCAUGUGUGCUAAUAUGCAGUAUUUAUACAUUGUGAGAAGCUGCUUUGAAUAAAAAGGUUGAAACUUCGUCUCCA